AUGAUUUUUGGAAUUCCCGUUUUGGCUGCCUUUUCACUCUUUCACUUCCAUCAAACCAAAAUGUCGAUAUCAACGUCAGGAAACGAUAACACAAGUGGUGACGUCAUCGAGAAGACAAUUCUAGCAUCUGUACAAAAGAAUAUUCACUUGCUGAACUCGGCAAGUCCAUCUCGUGGAGAAGCCGUUGUUCAUCGCGUGUUGCUCUUCACUCCGUCAAUUCGCAAGAACCUGUCGUUUCAGCAUCUGGAGGCACUGGAAAAGGAGUACGUUUCUGAUAGUGCCCCAUUUAAAUCAAAUGUUUUGUCGAUUAUAUCCAAGUACAAUGAAGUGACGCUCGAUGUGGUUCCGCAUCAGCCCCCCUGCAAAGACAUCGUGGAUUACUACCUGACGUGCAUUUUGGUUUAUAAGCUUAUUAAGAUUACAAAAUAUGAAGAUGCCUACUCGCUCAUCAAGGCGAUGAUCCAGAACUUCAUUACCGUAGGCUACAUGGACAUCCAGAAGGAAUACAUCGUGACGCGUGUGUGCACCUACCUCAUGCUGCUGCACAACCAGGCCUACCCGAUGCCGUCCCUGCUCCGCGACCUUCUGUCCUGGUACCGCAUCGGCUGCCUCAACAACAACCGCAUUCUCUGCAGCGCGCUCUACAACUCCAUUCUCCGCGUCUACAUCACCGACCGCCAGUACCUCACCGCCUCCCACUUCCUCCAGACCGCCAGUUUCCCCGCCCACGUCUCCGACAAGCAGUUUCUCCGAUUCUCCUAUUACAAAGCCCUGGUUUCCACGGUUCUCCUCAACUACACCGAGGCGGAACACUGUUUAUUUUCCAUCCACAAGAAGUCGGGCGGCCAGGAGACCGGACCCUUCUUCGAGGAGGUCGCCAAACUCUCCGUGCUUGUUAAGCUUUUAACAGGAGAGAACCCCGAGGUGCCGAUCCCCGCGGGAAACCGGCAAUUGUCGCCGUAUGGAGAGCUGGCCGCGGUGGUGAUGCGGGGCGAUUUGGACGCGUAUCGACGCGUUGUGGAGGCGAGAAAUAACGUGUUUGUGAGAGAUCGGCUGGAACGAAUCGUUGCGAGAUUGCACAAUACGGUGAUUCGGAUUGCGCUGGUGAAGCUGAGCAAGAGCUAUAGUCGGAUUUCGCUGAGCGAGAUCGCGUCGAUUUUGCAGCUGGAUAGCGCAGAAGAGGCAUGUUAUACGUGCAUGCGAAAUAUACGCGAUGGAAUCAUCCAGGGGAGAAUUGAAGGCGAUUACUUCGUUACAGAGGAAGUUGUAGGGAUGAUUGAGAGAUGUGAAGGUAGGACUGUGCAGAGGUUACGUCGCUGCCGAAGGAGCAGUUCAGCAAGAAAAUCGCGUUCUGCUUGAACUUGAGGAAGGAGAUAAUCAAGAAUAGCGUUUGAUUUGAUUGUUCCAAACAGAAUUGUUGAUCAUCAAGAAUCACUGAACGGAAUCAGAGAACCAUCACUCAUUUUUCUCUUAUUGUGGGAACGGUGUAUCCUUAGAUUCGAAUGGGAGGAUCGAAGUGUAAGUGGUGUGAUAAUGUGCUGGCAGUGUUCUUUAUGGUCAACGGUACUCGUUCACCUAGACACAGAAUCCACUGCAAGAUGGAUCGAGAGAGGUUUACUCUCCACGAAAGCUAGCUUGUGACUUCCUUUCACUAUUCUGUAAACCAUAUUAACCGUUUCUAGAGAUCGACUCUCUCCUGAACUUGUAUUCUAUGAAAAGGUAGGUGGUGUGAUGAUCAUCAUGGCGAUUCGAAGCGCUUUAAGUCGUCCAAAAUGCCUUAAGGUGUCAAACAUCAGCCAAAAGAUGAGAUGAAUGAUCGAUUUGAAUACUGGCUAAUCGGAAAUCGGUUAGCCACCUUCUUGGAUUCAUCUAACAUGUAUUCUAGGUAAGCGGUGUGAAGAUUGAAAAGAUUCGUUCGUAUGUAUGUAUGAUUUCAGAUCCUGUUUGGUUUGCGAUCUGAAUCACGAAACCAACAUGGCUUCACGAUGAAAAUGAAGAUGGAGUCAAACAACCAGAAUCCCAUUUGCCUGUAGAUUUCCAUUCUACCUGGCAUAAGUUUGUUCUGGGAGAGAAAUGUUGGGUUUUGUUUUAGAAUACGAACUGUCUGAUAUGAAAUUGAUUGGUCGUGAAGAACGUAACUUACAUUUUAGGCUUUAGGCUUUUUCAGUCUCUUGUACAAUACAUAUUUGUAGUAUGGUAGGUAGCAUAUAAUUGAAUUUUGGCAUGUUGGUUGACUCUUGGCACUGUAUUGUGCCUGCUUUGCAUGUUUAGCCAGGAGAUGGGAGACUGGGCCUAUUCUCUUUUUAAACGUGCACAAAGAGUAGUGGUUUCAUACCAACAUUGUUGUUGUUGUUGUUUUGUUGCAAUUGUUGGAUUUCACCCCACUAAUACUUUGUAGUCGUAGAAUUUUGAGUUGUA